GUCAAUCAAUUCUCCAGGCAAUGUUUUAGAUUAACAUAGAAGUUGAGUUGAAUUUAAUAUUUAUGUUACACUGAAGUCUUGAGUCGAUUUUAUUCAGUUAUUGCUAGGAUUCCGAAGUGUAAACACUCCUGUGUGGAGAGUAUAGUAUUCCGAGGAAACCAAACGUAAACUAAGUAUCGAUUUGAAAACAAUACUGCUUUUCGCUUGUAAUUAAAAGAAAAAUAUUCAAGCAAUGGCAGAACAAAACACAGAAACAACAACAACUGACGUGGAGAACACCUACACGGCUCCGGGCAAUGAUCCAAAAAACAUGCAGGAGGUGACACAAUAUGUUCAGUCACUCCUACAAAAUAUGCAAGACAAAUUCCAGAGUAUGUCAGAUCAGAUCAUUAACCGGAUAGAUGAGAUGGGGACUCGUGUUGAUGAAUUGGAGAAGAAUAUAACAGAUCUUAUGACACAAGCUGGUGUUGAAAAUGAGAAGUAGUACCUAAUAAACCUAGCAGUGAUCCUAGAUGUAACAAUCACACCACAUUGUUUUGUGCCUGAAUCAUGUCAUUUUUACCAUUUAGCGUCAAAGUAAAUACAUUAAAACAAAAACAAAGAUUGAAUAGGUGAUAUCACUCCAUAGGGGCUGAAUGAUUGUGUGGCUCAUGUAUUAUAAUAAUAGUAAUAUUGUUAUAUAAGCCCAUCCUUUAUAAAUAGAUAAGAUAAUAUUAUUUAAACAUAAGUAAAAAGGCAGGGGAAGGGCCAUAGCCAAUUUGCAAUUUUACUCCAUCUUAACUCAUUGAGUACCGUCAUUAUAGACACAAUUAAAGAACAAUAGGUUGCGGUCACUGGUGACCGCUCGGUGUU